UGUGAGGCUGAGGACAUUAAAACCCCUGGUUGGAACUGAAGCGCAGCUAAAGUGUAAGGUUUCAUUUUGAGGGAGACAGAGAGAGCUACGUUCGACCCGACUCGGCUUCGGUUUCCUCGUCUUUACCUCAUUUAGUGUCAAGCUACAGAGUUUACCUUGCUUUAUUUACCUGAGCAAAACAUCCCAAAAGGAAGUAUUUAUGGACUGCCUGUGGACUAAUUCAAUGACUUUUUUCAGCAGUGGAUGUCUGGAAUAGCAGUAUCGAGGAGGAAUGUGGCGGGACAGUGCGUGUGAAAGGAGCCAUGCCGACUCUGUGGAAGCGUAUCGUGUUCUCGGCAGGCUGCAUACUGAGUAUCGGCUCGGUGGUGCUCCUGGUUGUGGCGCUCUCCACCGAGCGCUGGAUCACUGCGACCAUCCUGUGUCAAACUGGGGUUGAUCUGGUGAACGCGUCGAAGCCGGAGCUCGAACAAUUCACUGGAGAUAUGUACUACGGGCUCUUUCAAGGCGGCAAAACACGGAAAUGCGGUCUCGGCAGUCGUAGUUACAAAAUUUACAUUUUCCCAAAACUGAUUAGGAAAGUCAACAGUGGUCUUCAUAUGAUCAUCAUUUUCUUCCUCUUCUUUGCUAUUGGCUUUGCACUUGUGAGUCUGGCGUUCUGCAUUUACAAUGCCAGAAAAGUGCCUUACCAGUCCAUCAAAGGACCUAUAGGCCUCUAUCUCUGGAACUUCAUAGCAGCUCUGUUCUGUUCUCUUGGCUUCGCCUGUUUCAUCGCAGCAGUUCGGUGCCACCGGUUAACAGAACGUGUGGCGAACUUUCAUGAAAAUCUGUUCCACCUGGUGGUUUUAGAAGAGAACCUGGGAUUUUCGUUUUGGCUCUGUGUUGCCAGCACCGUCUCACAUGGAGCCAAUAUUCUGGUGGUCGCUUCAAGCAAAAUUCAUCUGCCCAAAAUACAAACCAAAAAACCAGAGGAACCUACUACAACAGGAGAUGAUUUACUGUACUGAAAUAAAUAAAUAAAUACAUAGACUCCAAACUUGAGUAGAAAUACACAGGAGCAAAACAGACUGUCCUGGCAGGAGUAUUGAACUCUGCACACCAGCUGUCCCGUACAAAAGGUUGUAUGUUGUAGAAGAAAACGUUUCAUUGUUCACGUGUAACGUGUGUGUAACGACGUCUGAGUCAACACGCUAUUAUAUUUGUGUAUGUUACGUCAUUUUAAUGAUAAAAGGGCAUUGAAUCGGCUCAUUCUGUGUAGACAGAUCUCCAUUUUGAAAGAACUGCAGCAACAUUCCAUUUUAAUCUAAAUUAGUCACUUUGUAGAAUUAUUAAUGCAAAUAAAAAUGUACCACAAAAAAAAAAAAAACAAGCAAAAAAAAAAAGGGAGCAUGGAAGAAUUGAAGUGUGAUGAUAUGGAAUAUUCAGAAUAUUUGUAAUUUUUUAAUAAAUAAAUAAUAUAU